AACCUAACUAAGUGGAGUAGCUAACAGCUGGAAGCGAGCGAUUGCUCUCGAUCUUCUCCUGCUGCAGCCAUGGCGGCCUAUCCAAGAGCCCACCUGCUCGUCCUCGCCUACCUCUGCCUCAUGCCUCUUCACGCCGCUGCGCUCUCUUUCGACUACGACUUCUCCAAACCGGAGCACCUCAACAGCCCAGACCUCAAGUUCAUCAACGACUCCUCUCGCGCCGGCGACAGGAUCAAUCUUACAAACGGAACCGAGCACAAUAGCACCGGCCGUGUGUUCCACCAGCAGCCGGUGCGCUUGUGGGACGGCCGCAAGAGAGCCAGCUUCACCACGAGGUUCUCGUUCGCCAUCGGCGGCAAUGACACCAACCGACGGGGGGAUGGCAUGGCGUUCUUCAUCGGGCCUGCCCCCCUGCCGUGGGACUCGCGCAGCAUGUUCCUCGGGCUCUUCAACAACCCCAACAACCCGAACGCGCAGCCGCCGGAGACCGUCGGCGUGGAGUUCGACACGAACUGGAACGAAGGCUAUGACCCUCCGAACACCACUGACCACAUCGGCAUCGACGUCAACAACAUCACCUCCACAAAAUUCCAGAGGGUGAGGAGCACGGGCCUCUAUGAUACCAUGUCGGCAAACAUCACGUACAGCGCGGGCUCGAAGAUGAUGGCCGUUACACUUCAGCUGCACGACGGGAGUGUUUACAAAGUCGAAACGGAAGUCGACUUCAGGGAAGCCGGAGUGCCACAGGAUGCGAGCGUCGGGUUUUCGGCGGCCACCGGGGUUCUCACCGAGUCGCACCAGCUCCUCUCUUGGUCCUUCAGCUCAACAGAUCCAUCUAAUACCGAAUUACUAUGGGCGAUAUGGGUGGCUGUUGCAAUUGCAUCAUUAGCCGGUUUAGUGGUUGCUCUGGUUUGUAUCAUUAUUACGCGUGGACGUGGCCCAAUGGAGAUAGCCUUGCCAGUUGCAAGGAAAUUCACGUACCACGAGCUGUCCACGGCGACCAAAAACUUCUCCAGGGACAGGAAGCUCUGCGCGGGCUCCUUCGGGGAAGUGUACAGAGGGGAGCUGGAUCCACACAAGCAGCCGGUGGCGGUGAAGAAGCUGACGCUGGUGCUGGAGCAAACCAGGAGUGACUACGUCACCGAGAUCAUGACCUUGGGCCAGCUGAGCCACCGCAACCUUGUGAAGCUCGUCGGCUGGUGCGACGGCGGCGGCAACGACAAGCUGCUGCUCGCGUACGAGCUGGUGACGAACGGGAGCCUCGACAAGCACCUCCACGGGUCAGUGAGGCUGCUGACGUGGCCGGAGAGGUACAAGAUCGUGCUCGGCAUCGGCUACGCCAUAGAAUACCUCCACACCCUCUGCAAGAACACCAUCCUGCACCGGGACAUCAAGCCCAGCAACGUGAUGCUGGACGGCGACUUCGAGGCCAAGCUCGGGGACUUCGGGCUCGUCAGGCAGGUCGACCCCGGACAGAACUCCCUGAGUGGCACCAUCAUGUUUGGGAGCUUGGGCUACAUGGACCCCCAAUGCAUCACCAAAAACACGGCGAGCACCGCGUCUGACAUGUACAGCUUCGGGGUCCUGCUGCUGGAGGUCGCCACCGGCAAGGAUCCGGCCGUGUUGUGGGACGAACUAGGCUCCAACACCCUCGUCAACGCUGUCCGGGAAUCUGACCGCAGGGGUGCGGUCCUCGAGAUGGCCGACGAGCGGCUGAACGGCGACUUCGACAAGAGGCAGAUGGAGCGCGUGCUGGUCGUCGGGCUCCGGUGUGUCCAACUGGAUCGCGAGGACCGACCGGAAAUCAGACGUGCCAUUAACUGGCUGUCAAAUCUCAGCGAUCCAGUGCCUCAAGUUCUGUAUUCGUAGACGGUUGCUAGAAGGUAGCAGUGCCUUACUCUGUUAAGUAUAUGUUUGUCUCAGAAAACACCAUAAACAUCCUUGAUAGGUAGAUAUAUAGCGUGAUGCAGUAUUUGGUUUGGCCUUGUUGUAUAUGUCAUUGUUGGAAAAAUAGCAUUUUCAGGUUUGA